UGUCGUUCGAUCCAUAUCCGCUGACCAACCAAACAUUUUGGUACAAUUCGUGUCCUCCUUCUCCCUCUACAAAAAUCGCACAGCACAAAAUAUAAUUUUUAUCAAAAUGCCAGGCAGGAGAGUGUACGUGAUCGGUGUAGGGAUGACUAAGUUUGAAAAGCCAGGAAGGAGAGAAGAUUUUGACUAUCCCGACAUGGCUAAAGAAGCAGCUACAAAGGCUUUGAAUGAUGCAAGGGUAGACUUCACUGAGGUCCAACAAGCUGUUGUUGGUUAUUGUUACGGUGACACAACAUGUGGCCAAAGGUGUGUCUAUCAACUAGGCAUGACUGGUAUUCCAAUAUACAAUGUGAACAAUGCAUGUGCGACAGGAUCUAGUGCAUUGGCCCUUGGCAAGCAACUUAUUGAAGGAGGUGUUAGUGACUGUGUUCUUGCUCUUGGAUUUGAGAAGAUGGAGAAAGGUUCUUUAAAGGGUGGAAAGUUUUCUGACCGCACAAACCCGAUGGACAAACAUCUGGAGACAAUGAUGAACAAUUAUGAACUUGCAGCUGCUCCCAUCACCCCCCAGAUGUUUGGCAAUGCUGGCAAAGAGCACAUGCAGAAAUAUGGGACAAAACCUGAACAUUUUGCGAAGAUAGCUUACAAAAACCAUCUACAUUCAGUAAAUAAUGCAAAUUCUCAAUUUCAAACUUUUUACACACUGGAUCAGAUAAAGAAUUCCCCUAUGAUCUAUGAUCCCCUGACCAAGCUACAGUGCUGCCCAACUUCUGAUGGCAGUGCUGCUGCUGUUCUUGCAAGUGAGGAAUUCGUUAGAAAACACAAACUUGAGAAUCAGGCAGUGGAGAUAGUAGGCCUGGAAAUGGCGACAGACCUCACAAGUACCUUUGAUGAGGGCAACUGUAUCAAAUUGGUUGGUUAUGAUAUGACAAAAACAGCUGCUAAGCGCUUAUUUGAUAAAACAGGCUUAUCCCCAAAGGAUGUUGACGUAGUUGAACUGCAUGAUUGCUUCUCCACGAAUGAAUUACUUACAUACGAAGCAUUAGGACUUUGUGAUGAGGGUAAAGCUGGUGAGAUGGUAGACAGAGGCGAUAACACGUAUGGUGGAAAGUAUGUUGUGAAUCCCAGUGGGGGCUUGAUAUCAAAAGGCCAUCCGCUCGGCGCUACAGGCUUGGCCCAAUGUACAGAGCUGACCUUGCAGUUGAGAGGAGCGUGUGGCAAGCGGCAAGUUCCAGGGGCCAAGCUCGCCUUACAGCACAACCUAGGGCUGGGCGGGGCAGUUAUUGUUGCACUCUACCGCAUGGGAUUUCCUAAGUCAAGAUUUCAGCCAAGACAAGCAUACACGGCUGCCACAGCAACCGGCAAAGAUGGUUUCAAGUCUGCGGCUGUGUUUGAUGAGAUUGAAAAACAGAUUAAAAAGGAUGGUGCUAAGUUUGUGAAGAAGGUGAAGGGCGUGUACUGUUUCAAGAUCCAGGGAGGGCCCGGUGGCAAGGAGGGGGUGUGGGUUGUUGAUGUCAAGAGUGGUAAUGGAUCCGUCAAGUUUGGAGCAAAUGACAAAGCAGACUGUACUAUCACUAUGAAGGACAACGACUUUAUUCAGCUUAUGGCGGGAAAACUGAACCCACAGACAGCAUUCUUCAAAGGUCAACUGAAAAUUAAAGGCAACCUUGCAUUGGCCAUGAAACUCAAGGAGUUCCAGCCAAAAGCAGAAAAAUCAAAGUUAUGAAGAAGCUUCCACAAUUUUACCCAAUACUCUCAAGGACUUCUCCUGGUCACCGUAAUACUACACCAAACAAACGAACUACAGAAAAGUGAUUGGCAUUUUUAUUGGUUUCCCUGUGUUCGAAGAUGAACCUUGAUUAAUUGAGGGGUCAGGGGCGAGCACAUCCACAGAAAGGAUUUUCUGUGACGUCACCUCGAUAACCUACCACAGGGGGCCCGAUCAGAACUCCUGGAAGUGAGAUAAUCAUCAGGUCGUGGUUCUGCCAUGGUUCCAAGCACCCCCUAGUUGCCACUUAUAGCAGUGUGGUGUUGGAUUCUUUUCCUGGGAACGGAAUUCCCGUCUCUUUUUGUGCCGCAUAUAUAAAAGAAUAACCCCAAAUUGAGCCGACAUGCUUCCAUGAGAAGCAAGUGAUGGUCACGUGAUGAUCAUGUGAUGGCCAGGGGAAGGACACUUCAUCAUAAGAUGCCAUUUAAUCUUUUUGCGUACUUUAUUUUACAUUUUACUCUAUUUCACCCCCUGGGUUUCUCCAUCCAGACAGUUUUAUGUCUAUACAAUAAAUCAUAUUAACGAA